CGGCCGCUGCCCUCCCAUUCAUAAAAUAGCCAUUUUCCCAGGCAGGCGGGCGCAGCGCCGCUGACAGCGCCGCGCUCGCAGGUCCUGCCCGCAGCUCCGCCGCUCCUGCCAGCGUUCUCCAGGUCCGGCCCCCUCGUCCGCCUCGCUUUUGGGAUUAACUCGCCUAUGGAGAGAUGGUCCUAGCUGAAUUAUUUAAAGACACUUAAGCUCAGAUUUUCCCCCAGCAGUCAGACUGAUUUCUCAAUGGAGCCCCGGAUUGCUCACAACAUCACCGUGGUGCCCAACUCUGCCAUGGUGCAGCCCUUGCUGGACAGUCGGAUCCCCUACGGGCGGCUGCAGCACCCGCUGACCAUCCUGCCCAUCGACCAGAUGAAGACCACCCACGUGGAGAACGACUACACCGACAACCCCAGCGCCUCCCAGCCGGCCCAGAAGCGCCCCCGAGCCCCCCACGAGCCGGGCUUGGGCAGCCAGCACCCGCAGCGCUGCGAGCAGGACGUCACCCACCCCUGGAUCUCCUUCAGCGGGCGCCCCAGCUCCAUCAGCAGCAGCAGCAGCACCUCCUCGGACCAAAGGCUGCUGGAGCACAUGGCCCCGGUGCCCGUGGCGGAGCAGUCGUCCCCGCGCGCCGUGCGCAUCCAGCCCAAGGUGAUCAACUGCAAGCCGCUGGAGCUGAAGGGCCCCACGCCCCAGGAGCUGGACAAACACUUCCUGCUGUGCGAGGCCUGCGGGAAGUGCAAGUGCAAGGAGUGCGCCCUGCCCCGGACUCUGCCGUCCUGCUGGGUCUGCAACCAGGAGUGCCUGUGCUCGGCGCAGAACCUGGUCAACUACUCCACCUGCAUGUGCCUGGUCAAGGGCGUCUUCUACCACUGCACCAACGAGGACGACGAGGGCACGUGCGCCGACCAGCCCUGCUCCUGCUCCCAGUCCAACUGCUGCGCCCGCUGGUCCUUCAUGAGCGCCCUGUCCCUGGUGCUGCCCUGCCUGCUCUGCUACCUGCCCGCCACCGGCUGCGUCAAGCUGGCCCAGAGAUGCUACGACCGAGUCAGCCGGCCCGGCUGCAGGUGCAAAAACACAAACAGUGUCAUUUGCAAGGCGCUGCCCGAGAGCAAAGGGGCAGAAAAGCCCUUUUAAUGGUUUGGGAGGAUGCUCCGUGGAGCAGGGCGGUGUUGGCUCUUUUUAGUAACCUGUGUUCUGAGGACAGCGUUAGCCUCUCGCCUUCGGGGAAAGCAGAAGCAACUAUUUCCACAAUCUGAAGCACUUUGGGUUAUUCAGGGUUUUUGGGACUGGUCGCAGUUGAGAUAGAUGGGGCCAAAGGAGGAACGUUAAUGGUGCAGAGUGAAGGCUGCAAACCCACGUACAUUGUGAAGUACAGCUGCUGAAAAACUCCCGGCGUGGACGUUCGGCUGCUCACCAGGCCUGCACACACAGGAACCACGAACUGCUCGCUCGGCAGGCACCGCCUCACAGCCCAUCCCCACUCCCAGCUGCAAAACGCUGCUUUGAAUUCGGAUUCAGGGCAGGCUGCUUGUUUCCUGUCUCCUUCCAAACCCCUGCUCGCUCCCAGCAGCCUGUUGAAGGUGAUGGGAGAACUCCCUCCACCCUCCUUCCCUCCUAGACGCCACUCCAAGGGCUGGUUGCACACAAAGUACACGUUUCUCAAAAGCUUUCUGCAUCCCUCGAAGAUUUUUGGACCAGAAGUGAAGCUACAUUUCAUUCAAUGAAGGGUCUUUUGGGCAUAUCCCACCCGGCCCCAGUGGUUUGGACCCUCCAACAGCACCACUCCAGGAAGAUGAUGGCCCAGGAGGAUGGAUGGUGGCCCAGGAGGAUGGAUGGUGGCCCAGGAGGAUGGAUGGUGGCCGAUCCCGCUUGCCCCAGGCCCACACGCCCUCCCCGAGCAAAGGGGAUGUAACUCAACCACAAAGCAAAGACAGGCAGGGUUUGUUUCUCUAAAGCUCUGGUAAGAAGUCCGACAAACCUACGUGUACGAUGCACAUAGAUGUAUUUUUCUAGGGAUCUCAACCCAGUACCUCCCCUCCUGGAACAAGCUCUUCUUUGCUCAUUAAAUAUUAAGAUUUGGUUUUGUCUUGGGGGGUGAAUGGCAUUUGCUUGAAGUACAGCACAUUCCCCCACCCCUAUUGCUGCUGUUUGACUUUUGCCUCUUCUGUACAAAAGUGUCUUUUUAAAUGUAAAGAAUCCUUUUAAUGUUGAUUUUAGUGUUAACACACACUAGGGAAAGGCAGGGGAAGGAAGAGAGCGUAGUUAACGAACGGGCCCGUGGUUUUCAGCAUGCAAAUACUGGCUCUGUCCUUGCACUCAUCCUGGGGCUGGCUCUGCCUUCCCCAAGGAUGCUGUAACCCCUCUCUCUUGACAACUACAAGGUGCUAAACAAGAAUCUUGGUCCAAACAUGCAACACUCUAAUGAGUAGGUAGGUACUUGUUGCAUGCAGAAAACUGACCUAGUCUCUCUUGGUGUUUUUAAUUGGAGGAGACUUCCUCAGUAAAUGCACAGCAGUGACAGUGAAAUGUCAUCUCUAAUUAGAUAAGCAAUAGGCAGAGCUCAUGUAGCAUUUCCAGGAAUCCCGUUGGCCUGGUUGUGACACAGCCACGGGUUGGGGUUGAUGGGACUCUGGUGUCUGUGGGUUUCAGAAUUCAGCUCAGCUGGAUGACUUGGGGUUUAGCUCAAUUGAAUUGUAGAUAUUUAUUGAAUGGGGGAGUUAAAAAAAAAAACAAAAACUUUUCUAUUUAUAACAUUUGCUAGCUUGUACGUGCUGAAUCAUAGAAAAAAGGACGUGAUGUCUGUUAGCAGAUACCAGUUCCUGUAGGGUAACCUCACAUUAACUGUGUGGGCACCAGGAAGCAGGUAGGGAUCCAGAGCUGUAUUUAUAUUAUCUUGCACAAAUUGGAGAGCAAAAGAUAAAAGGAAAACCAACCCCAAACUAGCUGAACUGUUGGUUGAAUGUAUAAGAUAUUGUAUUUAAUAAGAGAAAUCAUUUUCCUGAGAUACAAGCAAGCUAGAAAAGGCAGCAGGAGAGGCAUUUACCUGCCUCCCUCCUCUGUCCCUAUGGCCUCAGCCACAGCUGCUUUGCCUUUCUGACCCUCUGGGCCUGGCUGUUCCUGGGGAAUCUGUGCUUGGCUGCAUGGCCCUCGUGGGCAAAGGCACCUCUGGAAUGGUGGCCACUGUGCCAAUCUCCACUCCUGUCCAAACUCCCAGAGCCCAGCCGGAUUUCCUCUCAUUGUACAUAGCUGUAAACUAAUUCUCUGUUGGUUUGUUUUGCUGCCUCAGCCCGACGAUGCCGUGCUGGAGCCUGUCAAGCCUUGUGGACGUGUUUGAGCAGUGGUCAGUGUAGCACAGUGACCCUCCCUUCCCCCUCCCCUGGCUCCCAGCCCAGGGCAUGGCAGGAAGGAGCUGAGCCCUGCCUGGAGCUGGGGCAGGGCAGCAGCUCCAUCGGCAGCAUCGGCGUUCCCCCUCCUGCCACCCCAACACCUCCAUCCCCCUUCCCUUUGAAGGUACUUGGCUCUCCUGCCACCCCAGAGGUGUGCCACGGGCACUGUGCUGUGUCACCAUGUCACAGCUCUGCUGUCCUGCCUGCCAGAGCCCCCUGCUAAUGAGGGGACGGCUGCUAAUGAGGGGACGGCUGCUAACGAGCACAAACCCUCCAGCCCCAGCACGGUGCUGGGAUGGUCACUGAGGCAGGAGGGCAGCUGAGGGCAGGGCAGGUGCCCUGGGCAGGUGCUCUGCUCUGGAGGAGGGUGGCAGGCACCUGCACUGCUAAUUGCUGCAGCUCUGCUAAUUGCUGUGGCAGGUUCAUGCCAGGCUUUGCCCCUGCCCUCACAAGAAGGGGGCACCUGAGGGUGCUGGCAGUGCCACACCACAUUCCCAGCAGGAGCAGAACGUCCCCAAGAGACAAACACACCAUCACCACAGCCCUGUGCCUCGGGUGCCAGGAGCAGAUCCCAGAUUUGGUGCUCCUGGGCACCUGCUGUGCCACCCUGAUGAGCCCUCACCCUUCCCAGCACUGGGUAUUCCCUCCCCUCCCACACUCUGACACCCUGAGAAAUACUUCCCCCAUCUCCUCUUACCACCCCCUCACAUGUACACCCUGAAAAGUUAC